UGUGUGUGUGUGUGUGUGUGUGUGGCGGGGAAGAAGAGGGCGGAGCUUCAGUGACUUUUGAUCCACCAACCUAAAAGGGUGUGCUGUGGGGGCAAUCCCCCCAUUUUAGGGCCUUUCUUUUUUUAUUUUUUUUUAUUUAUUUUUUUACAGCUCUUAUCUUUAAAUGACACAUGAAUUGUGAUAAUGACUUUGUGGGCACAUACAGACUGCAUGCUGUGGUGUAAACAGUUUGCAGAUCUCCUGACACAAACUCUCCAGCAAGGACUUGGACGGCCCGACCACCACAGAUUGGUUGUCGCCCACCGUCACGCACGUCCUUUCGUGGCCGGCCAGCCUGGCCUUGAGCUCGGCUAUGAUGUUGUCCUUGAGGGCGAGCUGCUUCUCCAGGAGCUCCAUCUCCUCCCGGCACUCAUGUGCAAAAGUAUGACAGCCACGCCAUUGGGUUUGGAGAAGCUGAUUCAUGCAAGACGUUCCAGGUGUGACCCCCAAAAGCCUGCCUAGGAUCCCAACCUGCAGGAGUUGGAAAAAUAUUACCGCUCCCUUGCAGAGAAUACACAGAAUUUAUUACGCAGUACUCAAGAGUCACCAGCAGUUCUUGAGGCCCAGCAGGGUGGAUCCCUCCCAGCUACGGAGUCUAUCAGGAGCAGACAUGGCCGACCUCUCUCUCUCUCUGGCAUCCACGCUCGUCAAACAUCUGAAAGGCAUUGGAGGCACAAGGUAUACACCUCAGCCUCUCCGAUGGAAAACCCAACCUGGGACUGGCGCACUUUCGGGACGGAGGCGGUGCUGAUGAGUCCACUAGACGGGUUGAUGCUGAAGAACUCGUAGCCCGGUCCAGGCGACAGACUAUACCACACCACGGCGUUCUCCUCUGAGGGACAUAAUCAUGAAGCAAGUGUAAACAAGCAAGCUUACCAGUUGGACCGGUGGCCCGCACAGUCCCCACGCUGGUACCCGGGUCGGCGUCCUCGGGUACGCUGAAGGUGUAGCGGGACCUCUGGAACACGGCUGGAGCCUGAGCGCUCGCCAGAACGUGAACGGUCACUUCCGCCGGUCGGGCUGAGGUCACGCCCGCGCCGUCCUGCGCCGUGACGGCGAUCUUCACGCUGGCCACGCCCCCCAGGCCGCGAGGGAGAUUACGCUGCCAGACGUCACAGUGAGACACCAAGAACAAGAGACAUACUUAGCAGCCUUCCUGUGGCGUCCUCUAGCGAACAAAAGAGGUAACUGCAACAAGAGCUUGAUGGUUAAAAGGUGACCUGGCUUAUGAACAACAAGGUGCGCAACCAAGCAAAAACUUUCACAACAAAGACAGUCUAGCCUACGGGACACUUUUGAGGGCCGGAUUCGAAGGACACUUAGAACUUUUUUUUUUAAUUGGGACAGCUUUCGCGCACCGCGAUGACGUCAGCACCCCACAAAUGAGCACUGCAAAGGAUGCAGCCGCCGAAUCGAGACACGCCCUUCGAAGGUGUCACCUAGCGCGAAGUGUUUGUGAGGAGCGACUCCAUCUUGGACUCGUUCGACGAAGAUGUCUCGUCGUCACAUCAUGUUGUCCUACCAGUGGGACGACCAGGCUCUGGUCCUCAAGGUCUACCAGCGCCUCAGGGAGGACGGCCUGCCGGUGUGGAUGGACGUGCAGGAAGGAGGAGUGACGGGAAACAUCAACGACGCGAUGGCGGCGGCCGUGGAGUCGGCGGCCGUCGUUUGUCCCUUCAUGACCGCCGCCUACCAGGCGUCUCGCAGCUGCAAGAAGGAGCUGAACUACGCCGACAGCAGGGAGGUGACCGUGGUCCCCGUCAUGCUGGCCCAGGACUGGGAGGCCAGAGAGUGGCUGGGCCUCAUCACGGCCGGCCUGCUGUGGGUCGACUUCAGGGACGUCUUGAAGGACGAGCAGCACUUUGAGGAGUGCGUCCGCUCUCUGGAGGAGGAGAUCCUGUUCAACGUGGGCCACCUGCUGACACAGGACGACCAAGCCGAGACCCCCAAAGUCCACCUGAAGAAGAAGCCAGGCCGCGCCUUCUGUCACGCGCUCACCAGGCUUCACAUCCACGACGCAGGCGAGCGUUUGGAGUCCGUGAGUGAAACAGGAAGUCCAGUGGAGCUGAAAGAGGCGCUUGAUGCUGCUUGUUACUGGGAGGAGAUCAAGGGCAGCGGCUUCAAACGCUACAGGAACGCGGUGACCAAAAGAUAUUUGGGGUACGACCCCGAGAGGGACGAGGUCCGCUCGGAGGUGGGACCCACGGAGCGUGAGGAGUGGCUCCUGCUGGUGGAGCCGACAGAUCGCAGUCGCCACGGGGCGGUGGUCCUCAAGAACAAACACAGCGGACGCUUCCUGGCCGUCCGUCAAGGACAUUUUCUUGCGCUUUCGGCGUACGACGACAAAUGCAAAUGGUUUUUACAAUGACCCCACUCUCAUUUACAAAUUAAAAAUAGAGCUCGCUACAAAAAAAAACAAUCUUAGAUCGAUUAGAAUCUUUUUCUCUUCAGGAUGUCAGGUUUCCAGUUGAUAGGAUGACUUUCUUCCGUCUGUAAGAAAGAGAUAAUGUACGGACGUUAAACUUAUUUUCCUGUGAUCGUAAUAAUAAAUAUAUUACAUAUAAUAUCUGCAAAAAUAACUCAUUAUUAUUAGCAAGAGAAAAUACUGGAAAGUAAAGUUGCAUCUACUUUAGAGUAGUCAGUGUGCAUCUUGUAUAGAUGUUUACAAUUACAUCCACUGAGAAUGAGACAACACAACCAUCAAGAUGUCUACAAUCACGGCUGGGGAGUGCACGAGUGCUGCCUGCACUUGGGAACUGUGGUCCAUUUUUAAGCAAACAUUAAUUAGUAAGAUAAUUGUCUUGUAUGCAAUCAAGCAGGGUGUUGGUUGUAUCAUAGUUUGCCAGUGCACAAGUGCUGCUGGCACUGGGAAGCUGCGGUUUGUUUUUUGGAAAUGCUCAGUAGUAAUAUAGUGUCUUGACAAUCAAGCAUGAUGGUGUUGGCGUUAUGGUGUGGGAAUGCACGAGUUCUGCCGGAAUUAGGAAGCUGUGGUUCGUCUUUGGGAAACAUAAGUAAGAUGAUUGCCUUGUCUACAAUCAAGCCCUGGUGGUGGUCGUAUCAUCGCUUGGGAAUGCACGAGUGCUGCCGGAAUUGGGAAGCUGUGGUUCGUCUUUGGGAAAAAUAAAUGAGUAAGAUAAGUGUCUAGUCUGCAAUCAAGCACGAUGGUGGUAGCGUCAUGGCAGGCCGGCACUGGGGAGAUGCGGUUCGUUUUUGGAAAUACCCCGUAGUAAUAUAAUGUCUUGUCUGCAAUCAAGAAUGAUGGUGGUGGCAUCACGGUUAGGGAGUGCACGAGUGCUCUCAGCACUGGGGAGCUGUGGUUAGUUUUGGGGAAACAUUAAUUUGUAAGAUAAUGUUUUGUCUACAAUCAAGCAUGGUGGUGAUAAUAAUAUGGUUUGGGAGAGCUGCAGUUAGUUUUGGGAAACAAAAUACUCAGUAGUUAGAUAAUGUCCUGUCUACAAUCAAGCACGAUGGUAGUAGCACCAUGGUUGGGGAGCGCACGAGUGCUGCCGGUACUGGGGAGCGGUGGUUCGUUUUUGAGAAAAAUUUUAAUAAGAUAAUUGUCUCGUCUACAAACAAACAUGGUGGUGGUCGUAUCAUAGUUUGGGAAUGCACGAGUGCUGCCAGCAGCGGGAGGCUGUGGUUCGACAACAGUAUAAUAAUACAACAACAACACAACGGUAUAAUAACAAAAAUAUAAUCAUCAAAUAAUAACAAGAGACUUACGGCCGUGUCGUCCUCUUUGUACACUUUGAUGGUCUUGUCCGCCUCGGCCGUGAUCAGGCGACUCUCAGAGUUGUCGAACAAGCAGGCGAAGAUGCCCGACUCGCUGUCCAGGGAGCCGGGCUGCACGGCGGCGUGGAUGCGCUGGAAGUUGUAGCCGGUCCUCCAGUCCCACAUGUGGAUGGUCCCGUUGUCGGCUGCACGAGAAGGACGACACGGCGCCGUGUUAACGCGUCACCGAGCAACAACACUUCCUGCCUCAAUGGAGUGUACCUCCGGAGACGAGCACGCCGUCGGAGUUGACGGCCAGCGUGUUGAUGAUGGCGUUGUGUCCCGAGAGGUUCUGGAUGAAUUUGCCGUCAGGGAACAUCCACUGCUUGAUGUUGUCGGCCGAACCCGAGGCAAAGGUGUAUCUGUCACACACACAGGAAGUUACACCUCACACCACAAGUCGUCCUCAGGAGGCCACAAAACCUUAUAACUGUUGGGAAUGGUCUGAUACAACUUCCUAUACACCUCUGAUUUUGAUUUGAUAUCAGCAGGAAUCCGACAUGCUAUUUUGUAAUGUUGAAAAAUUUUGGAUCAAGUGAAAUAAUUCAAACGAUGCUAGGCAUGAAAAACAUUAUUUACUGUAUGGAAUGGACUUUGUCUUUAAGUUGAAGAGGAGAGGAUUUUAUUUUUAUUUUGCGACAAUUCUUUACAUGACAGUAAAAUGAAUGAUGCAGACACGUUUGUUACUGGAUACUUUCUAAUUCGCUUCUGCCCUGGAUACUUUGUAUAUGCAAGUACCUUUUCUAGACUAUAAGCCGCUACCUUCCCCCCAUGCUUUGAACCCUGCGGCUUAUAAAACAGUGCAACUAAUUUCUGCGAUUUUUCUUCUUCGCUAACGCUCAAAAUAUUUUGUGUUCAACAAAUUUUCACAGUGGACCGACAGAGACUGAAAAGGUGUGCUGUUGUUUGUGCUUUGGCACCAUCUUUUGAAGUGCUGCGGCUUGACAAUGUGUUUAGUUUUCUUGCCUUGAACUAGGAAAAAUAACUGUCCAUAGCGUUUCUGCUCGAAUGGAUUCUUCAUUCAUCACUUCAAGCAGUGUUUAUAAGUAUUACAAUAUAACUUCAACUAUUCAUACUUACUCAACCGUCCCUUGUGUGAUGUCUGUAGGAGUGUUUUCAUGCGUAUGUGUACGUGCUAUCGUAAUGUAAUCAAGCUAGCAUUGUUAGCAAUAGCGAAUAUGCUAACACGUUUACACUUGUCUGUGUUAGUAACUUACGACAUUUGUUUUGUAUUGUUUCAGUUUCGUAAAUUCACCCAAACGUCACUGUGGAGUUAUUGAGUCUGUUUAGCUAAUUAGAUAGCUAGCUUACGCAGCUCGCGGGUCCAUGAUGAUGACGUCUGUUUUGUUUGAUCAUCCAUUUUACUGCCGUGUUACAGACAACAUUUGGAAACAAUUAAGGUAUGUAAACAUUUACAAAAUCUUUGGUAAAGGUAUAUACUGUAUUUUUCGGACUAUAAGUCGCAGUUUUUUUCAUAGUUUGGGGUGCGACUUGUACUCAGAAGUAAG